AUCAUCAGAGAAGGUCCUGGAUAGAGAAGCGCAGGGGCAAAUCCUUAUGGCGGCGCUGACUUGCUAUGAAGAUCACAAUGUUCAGAAUAAAUAUAGGAUCAUGGUGGAGAUUCUGAAUGAGAAUGAUAAUUCGCCUGUGUUUGUAAAUACUACUGUCCAGCCACUCAUUAUCAGUGAGCUGACCGCUGUGAACACAUUGGUGUUCUCUGUCCUGGCUGUUGAUGCCGAUGGAGACACCAUCAUAUACUCCAUUGACCAAUCAUCGUCUGACGCCGAUUACUUCAAGGUGGACCUCCCUAACAGUGGGACUGUGAUGCUUGUGAAACCUCUGGACUAUGAGACCAAGACCCAGCUGAACGUGACCAUCCACGCCACGGAGAUGAACACGCCGGAGCAGUACAUGACCAGCAUCACGCUCACCAUCGACGUCACAGACGGAGACGACCAGUACCCACAGUUCCUGCCCUGCACGCUACUCUUCCAGGACCAAUCGAGUCGCAUCUGCGCCAACCCUGUGUACUCUGUCAACGUCACAGAAGGAGAACAGGAUAUUGUCCUGGACUUCUCUCCUGGACCUAUCCACGCUGUAGACGGGGACAGAAGUCUCAGUUCUCCGCUCAACUACACCAUCCUGUCAGGGGCCGAUAAUGGCCGAUUUCUAAUGGAUGAAGUGACAGGGGAAGUCAGACUAACUCGGGGAGUGGAAGACAGACUCCUCACACCAACACUGCGUCUACGAAUCAUGGCAUACCAGAGGGAUGACCCUCGGAAGUACUCGGUUGCCACAGUGCUGAUCCGUGUUCUGGCAGUGAACCGGUUCCCUCCGCAGUUUGACCGGGCUGCAUACCGGGGCUUUGUGAUGGAGGGCAACAGCCCCGUCUCCCUGGUCAACACCUACGGCAACACGGUGCUGAUGCUGCAUGUGCAGGACCAGGACUUCACAGACGGAAUCAAUCACAGGAUCCAAUUCUUCCUGAAUCCCACAUCUGAGCACACGCAGUUCUAUCAAGUCACACAGGAUGGGCUUCUGAUCGCUCGGACCAACGAGCUGAUGCCAUCGCAGAAACACAGGCUAGAGGUAGUGGCUUUGGAUCAGGAGUCUGGUGAAACGGCCCAGGCAUCUAUACUGGUGCAGGUGUUGUAUGCUGGACAAGAAGUACCUCAGGGCCCGCUGGGGGAGGUGGGGCGCAUGAACGCCUGUCGUUUGGGCAAAGCUGUAGGCCUGUGUUGCGUGCUCAUGAGCAUGCUGAUGUGCAUCCUGUGGGCCAUGAUGCACCUGCUCCGGAGACACUGGGGGAAGAGCGAGCCCUCCAACCGGGGCUGUGUGGCCCAGGCCAAACACCCCAACGUGAGUUUACGGUGGUUCCAGCUGGUGAGCCAACGCAAUCCCGUGCCUGUCCGCGAUGAGGUUAUCUACCACAAUGAGGCUCUCACCAACUGCCCCUCCACCUUCGACCUCCAGGGCAAACAGGAUAUCUACCUCAGGAAUGGCCCCAACGGAGGCCUCGAUCCCCCCAGCAAGUCUAACCUGCCUCUCCCCGGCCUCAGCCCCACCUUGAAUAACAUCAGCCCUGCACUGCUCGAUACCAUGUGUGCACCACCCUGCUGCACCCCUCCAUCUUCCAGUAUCUCUUCCAGCCCUGCUCCCCCCAGCACCAGUCCUGCUCCAUCUUCUGCCCCCUCCAGCCCUCCUCUUCAGUCUCCUGCUCUCCAAAACACCAGUCCUCCUUCACCCAUGUCUUCCCCCAUCUCCAUCCACAGAGCCACACCUUUCCAUCCAUACCUCCCCACUCUUUCAACAGUUACUUUACUCACUUCACCCCAGCCACCGAAGCACUCGGUCCCACCUAAGGUCAACUCAGGGGUGCCCAGUGGUACACCCACACAACAAGACCCCCCCGCUCAACUCCCACCUCUGCCUCUCUCACGACCCCCACUGGUGCUUACACCCCCCAUCCCCGAGGACACAGGCACACCCCCACCCACCCCCGAAUCCUCCCACACCCCAGAGUCCCCCGCGCUGUCCAUCGAUACACCCACCCACGCGGCACCUCCCUCCGUCCAAUGGCGGGUCACCUCCCCCUCUCCACCCGAAACACCGUCCGAGGUAAACAGCCCCCCACCUUGCUCCGGGAAGACCCACACGCCCAGGGAGGCGGGAGCGGGCACAACGGGGAAGCAGCGGGCACGCUCGCACUCUGGAGGGACCCCUGGCAGUGACAAAGAGGAUGAGGAGGACAUUCAGGGGGAUGAAGAUGAUGCAGAGCAGAACUGUGUGAGGAACGAGGAAUACGAAAAGGAGGAUGAUGAGCUGGCGAGAGCCCUUGAACGCCUACAGCCCGUCUUCCUCACCUUCCGACCUGGCGCAAAGAAGUAA